AAAACUCAUGAUGCAUGGAUGCGGAUAAGCUCAGUGAUGGAAAUCCCAGUGGAUGAAUUGAGAAAGAAAAAAGAUUCUUUAAUGUCAAGUUAUAGGAGUUAUAAGAACAAAGUCAAAAAGUCUAUUCAAUCGGGAGCUGGUGCCGAUGAUAUAUAUCAAUCAGCCUAUUUGGUUCGCUUAUGAAACUAUGGAUGAGUUUUUGGGAGGUACCCUCAAGUCUAAAAAUAAUGUUGACACGGAACGCGGGUUGGAGGAGACUCAAGGAGCAAAUUCCGAACCAACUGAAGAGAUACUUGAAGAGACGAAUGAAAAUCAAAGUCAGUCUAUGGACACCCAAAGAGACGGCAAUCAGACAAUCCGCCGACGCCAAAACCCUUCGGAGCUAAUUCAUGCUGGAAAUAUUGUUAAAGAUGCUCUUGCCACAUUCAAAUCCGCGCUAAACAGAAAUGAAUCAUCAACCCAUCUUAGCGAUGAUUGCGAUUUAUAUGGCAAAUUAUUGGCAAAUAAGUUGCGAAAGCUAUCUGAAAUUACUAGAUUAAAGUUUAUGCGCGACAUUGACGGCAUGUACCUACGGUACCAAUUGGAGGAGACGCCCUCCCUGCAAACUCCAUCGCCAACAUAUCCCAGCAUCGCCCACAACUUUAAUGAAUCAAGGCCUGGCACAUCAUCAUCUACGUAUUCAGAGCCUACCAAUCGUUAUGAGCAGGUGACUCAACAAACUUAUUGUCAAAAUAGAAAAGCAGUAUCAGCCCCACCUCCUAAGAUUAUGAUUCAAUCCAACCAGGUGAUUCGCACACCUGAUGUUGAAUAUCCUGUCCUCCAUAUUCCGAACCAAGUCACCGAUAACUCAGAAUCUAAUCAGGCAAUUAAUAUAAUCCAAACAGCAUUCGACUUGACUUAA